UUCCAAUACACAAUAUUAUAAAAACAAAAUAAAAUAAAAUAAAAAAUGAAAUAAAAUACUUUGUUUUCAAUUCAAGCAAAAGCCUCCUUAUUUUAGUAAUCCUUGGAAUUCUUCAAAUCCCCCCUCCCUCAUCUGCUUUCUCUCUCAGUUUCAGAGCUCUCCAAAACUCGAGCCCAUCUUCUCUUUCUCUCUCUUCCCUUCCUGUAAAACCCUAAAUUCAUUUACAUCGUAUUGAAUGGAUAUUUGAUUGGUGAAUUGAGGUGUUUAUAGAUCGGAAUGCGGGUGAAGGAGAUGCAUCCAUUGUGUUGUAUAUCGCUGGAGAGUCCCGGAGUAGGAGACCAGUCGCCGGAGGUGAGUAGAGCGGCAACUGCAGCCUCUUCCGGCGGAUCUGACGGCAAUGCGGGGCGGCCGGCGGGAUCCGAUACCAGCGUCGCCGGAGUUCUCUACAAGUGGACAAAUUACGGCAAGGGUUGGAGAUCCCGGUGGUUCCUGCUAAGGAACGGCGUUCUUUCUUACUCCAAGAUUCGCCGGCCGGAGAGCCUCCACCUACCAUCACCGGCAGACGACAUCCGGGUGAUAGGCGACGUCUCCACGAGUCGCCUCUCCAGGUUGGACAGUGGUGGCGGCAGACGAAAGCACCAGAAAAAUGUUGGCAUCGUUCAUCUCAAGAUCUCGUCAUUUCGUGAGAGCAAGUCUGAUGAUCGAAGAUUUUAUAUAUUUACUGCUACAAAAACCCUUCAUCUAAGGACCGAGUCAAAGAGAGAUCGGGUGGCUUGGAUAGAAGCUUUAGUCUCAACUCGAAGCCUAUUUUCUUUUAGACCGCUAAAUGAUAAUCUCUCCCUGGUACCAAAUGAUAUAUCUGUAUCAACUGAAAGGCUUAAAAAUCGUUUGCUUGAAGAGGGAGCCCAUGAGGGACUAGUUAGAGAUUGCGAACAGAUCAUGCUUUCUGAGUUCUCGGAAAUACAAGGCCAAGUUAAAGUUCUUUGUGAAGAACGAUCCAAUUUGCUCGAUACAUUAAGACAGCUGGAGGCAGCUAAUAUUGAAGCUGAAGUUUCUGGAAUUAAUGAUAGUGAAUUUCAAUUGACAAAGCAUGAACUGUCCAGCCUAGGGCGUGGAAAAUAUAGUGAGUGCAGCACAACUGAAUCAUCUGAUGAUAUUGAGAAACAAGAGCUUGAGGAAGUGUCAGAUGAGGAGGAAACCUCUUUCUUUGACACUAGAGAGGAUUUUGCUGAACCCACAGUCAGUUGUGGGUCUAUAACAGGAGUUGUAAAUUACAUGGAUAAGCAAAUGAAACCUGAAAUUCAACUUGAUAAUGCAGAGAAGAUUCAUACUGAGAAUAGAUUUUGUGAAUCUAGAUAUCCACAAAUUGAAAGGCGAAAGAAGCUUCCCGAUCCAGUUGAGAAAGAGAAAGGGGUAAGUCUUUGGUCUAUGAUCAAAGACAAUGUCGGAAAGGAUCUCACACGAGUUUGUCUCCCUGUUUAUUUUAAUGAGCCAAUAUCAUCCCUUCAGAAAUGUUUUGAGGACCUGGAGUACUCUUAUCUUUUGGAUCGAGCGUAUGAAUAUGGAAAAGAUGGAAACAGUCUCCUAAGAGUUCUACAUGUUGCAGCUUUUGCGGUUUCUGGAUAUGCGUCCUCUGAAGGUCGGCAUUGCAAACCCUUCAACCCGUUGUUAGGGGAAACUUAUGAAGCUGAUUUUCCUGAUAAAGGAAUUCGCUUUUUCUCUGAGAAGGUUAGUCAUCACCCAACACUCAUUGCCUGCCAUUGUGAAGGUAAAGGGUGGAAAUUCUGGGCUGACAGUAACCUACGAACAAAAUUUUGGGGACGAUCAAUUCAGCUCGACCCUGUGGGAGUUUUGACCCUUGAGUUUGAUGAUGGUGAGGUUUUCAAAUGGAGCAAGGUCACGACCACCAUUUAUAAUCUUAUCCUUGGUAAAGUGUAUUGUGAUCACCAUGGUACAAUGCACAUACAAGGUAAUCGCCAACAUUCAUGCAAACUCAAGUUCAAAGAGCAGGCUCUUCUUGACAGAAAUCCUCACCAAGUACAUGGUUUUGUUGAGGAUCUGACAGGGGAAAGGGCUGCUACCCUAUUUGGGAAGUGGGAUGACAGCAUGUAUUACGUUCUUGGAGACAGAACUGGCAAGCUGAAGGACUGUAAUGGGUCCCCGGAUGCCUCCUUGUUGUGGAAAAGGAAUAGGCCACCUCCUUGUCUCACUCGGUACAACUUAACGUCAUUUGCAAUUACACUAAAUGAGCUGACGUCAGGACUUCAGAUUAAGGAGAAGCUCCCACCCACGGAUUCAAGACUUAGACCAGAUCAACGACAUCUAGAGAAUGGAGAAUAUGAAAAGGCAAAUGCAGAAAAACUACGGUUAGAGAAGCGGCAGAGGAUGUCAAGGAAAUUACAAGAAAAUGGAUGGAAACCGAAGUGGUUCGAGAGAGAAGGUGAAGAUGGACCCUUUCGUUAUAUGGGCGGAUACUGGGAAGCUCGGGACCAGGGAAAAUGGGAUGGGUGCCCGAAUAUAUUCGGUGAAUUCACAGAAGACCUUGUUAAUUCCUAUGAAGGGUCUGGAUUGUAACUCAGGUAAUCGAGGAUGCAUAAGAAACCUUCAGGACUGUCACAAAGUAAAGCUGUGCACAGAAGGCAGCCUAACUGGUUUCCAAUUCUGCAAGUGAAGCCAGGGAUUGUGGAACAACGUUAACGAAAUUGAUCCUAAAGGACCUUUGAAAGCGAAGAGUUGAAUCUUUUAGUUAGGGGAUGAUGGUAAAAUUGUUAAUCGUAAAAUUGCAUAGUGACACUCUCCCUCUCCUCUCCCUCCCCUCUCUCACCUCUCCAUUUGUUAUAGGUCCUCCAACUUAUGGUAUCCAUUGGUUGGCCAUUUAUUUAGAUCAUUACUUGUAUUUUCUUUCUUUCCCCCACCCACCUUUUCGUUGGAAAUAAAAUGAAAGAGAUAAAAAAAAGGUUGUAUUGCA